AAUUAAUGCUUAGUGUUCCUACUCACUGAUAGCCAGGUCUUCCUCGAGAUCCACGUGGCGGAGCUUCUUGCGGCCCGACUUGGUUGGAGAUAAAGAGUGCUUGCGUAGGGGCUCUGUCUCGACGAGCUUGUUCGUUGGCUUCAAAACAUCGUUCUGACCUUGGCUCUGAUUAUGGCCGUGCUCGCCCUUGUCUGUCUUCUUGCUCUUCUUCUUGCGUCCAGGCGACUUGCGCACCGAAGACUCUCUUUGCGGAGAGUGGUCCUCGAAAAUGGAGAUCGGCAUGGUCAUAUUCGUCGUGUAAAGAUCGGUGGGGAAUAAGUAUGGAGACUUGGUUGGAGCUUUAACUGGAGACUCGGACGGUGUUUUGGCACGGUCUACGGAGUCCAGCACAUUCAUCUUGGUCUUCACGGACUCCAGUUGCGACCUCAGGUUUCUGAUAUCGUUCUUGCUUUUUGUCUCCACCUGCGCAAGCUUGUUCUGUAGAUCCUCUACCUCCCUUUUCUUGGACUCUAACUCUUUUGCCAUCUCCUCCGUGCUAUGAUUCAUCUCCGAGAUCUGCUUGUCAUGCGUAUCUUGGAAUUCAGACAUCAUGAUGUUGUUCGUGUCUAGCUCCUUGAUCAGAGACUUAAUGCGUUCACGAAGAGGCGCCAUCUGGUUCUCAUGUUCGGCCUUCAGCGACUCAAGCUCAUGUUUAUGCUGCUCCUUGAGAGAUUCGACAGUUUGUUCGUGUUGGCUCUUCAAAGUCUGGGUGUCUUUCUCGUGCUCAGAUGCGAGGUUCUUGGAGUUCUCCUGCAUCAGGUUUUUCAGAGAUUGAAUCUCUUGUUCACGCACUUCAAGCUCGGUUUCUAGUUUCGUUUGGAACUCCUCCUCUAGCUUCUUGGAUUUGAGUUCGAAUCCCAGCGAGCUGCUUGAUAUCUCUUGUUGCAGCUUGGAAUUAUUCUCCCUCAAUUCACUUAUUUCAGACUCCUUCAAGGCGAGCUCGCAACCCAUCUUACGACCUUGCUCUUCUGCUUCUUGGACCAUCUUGCGCAACCUGUCAGUGUCUUCAAGAGACAAGUGGAGCUCUUGUUGAGCUUCCUUUAUUUUCUGGUCAUGCUGGUCCUUCAAUUCAUUCAUUUGGGUUUCCAAACGCUGAUUCAGUUGCUUCAGCUGCUCGCACUCACUCUUGAGCUCCUCAACCAAAGCCUUGGACUUUUGAAUUUCGUCAUUCUUCAAGCUCACCUCCCGAUCAAGUUUUUCCUGAUAACAUUGGGACACUUCUUUGAGCUUAGAAUUUGUCUCAAGUUCGUGCUCCUGGUUUAGUUGGAAGAUCUCAUUGUUGUGUUCCACAGCUAUCUGGUUCAGUUUGGCCUCAUUCUCCUCAUAGAGUUGCUGACGAACACGAACUUCCGUUUGCACCACUUCUUCUUCAAGCUUAGCCACUUUGGUUUCCAGCUUCUGCUGGUAUAGCUUCAGGGUAUCCAACUGGCAUAGCAGCUCAUGUUGAGCUUUACUAUCAACAGCCGCUUUAAUAUGAGAGCAUGCAGAGGAAGUAUGCCUAGGAAUUUGCUGAUACUGAACUGGAUUAACGUAUCUCAAAGUUUGAAGAAUCAGGCCCUCAUCUCCAGCAGGAUCUAAAUUGACAAUAAUGGAGAUUAAGCUUUUGCUCUUGACAUAGUCAUGAAAAAGCAGACGAGUUAAUUUGUUGGUGCGCAAUAGAGACUUGUUGAAUUGCUUGGUGGCAACAAGCUCCAAGCAUCUUCCAAGCUGCGUAAGUGAAGCAUUAGUGAAGCCUCCCUCCCUCAAAUUCAGACCGCUUGUCAUAGAUAGCUUCGAUCUUUCCAGGCCAGCGAGAUCUGCGAGAGUCAGUCUGGAACUAUUGACACUUUUACCCGAGAUGCGAACAACAUUGAUAAACACAAAACAAUGAGAUCUCGAGGAGUCUCUGUUGAUAUGGGUAGUGCAGGUUUUCCGAUUCGAAAGCCCACGGUUCAAAGUUCGGAUUGAGCUUUCAAAGUCGCUCACCAUGAAUUGAGACAGAUUAUAAGGCUUCAGCUUCUGGUCCACAGGGUCGGUGACGAUGUCGAGGAAAGAUUUCGUUUUUUUGGUAGUGGAGUUCAUAAGCAGAUCUUUGAUGUUGUCGUUGUAGAUUUCAAACAUCGAUAACGUGACUGCAUACUCAGAGUCCACAAGCCUCUGCUGAGAAGUGUUACCGUUCCACAAAUUGCCCACGAGACCUGCCAGCCUUUUGUGAUCGGUGCUGAUAUCUCCAUAUUGAGACAGACUAUCAAACACAUACCGAAGAGAGUUCACAGCAAGGCCCGUUUCUGGAUCGAACAUAGUAUGAGUCUUACCAGAAUUAGAUGGUCCUAGGGUAAAAAGCAAGCAGUCUUGUCCCUUGAACAGCCGGUCGUCCAAAAUAGGUCUUCCUACGGUUUCAAACAGACAUUCAGGCUCUUGUGAGACAGAUUUGAAGUCAAACGAUGCAUCGAACUUGGACAACGCUAUUUGGUUUGGAUUUGUCUCACUCCUUGUGAAAACAGGGACAGAAUCCCCCGAAAACUGUCUUGUUCUCAAGUGAAGGUCCAUGUUUAUAUUUGUUUGUUUAUUUUUUUCUUAUUAAGUUUUGAGGAAAAGAGGGAUCAAAAAAAAUGAUUCAAAAGUUAGGGAGCUAGCGUUUGUCUACCAAGCAAUAUUUGAGCUCAUGGAGUUAUGGUGCACUAUUUCAAAGGGUCUUAGGAUUAUGGGAAGUACCGUUCCCGCUUUUAUGUCCACCCAACGACUAACCCAGACACGGUUUAUCUGAUUUCCCGCGUAGCAUUUUUCUCUGUCUGCUGUAUCAUUUCUUCAAUUACAUUGGUAGGUGUGUUCUACCUGUGGAUUGACUCAAAAUCACUGAUAGAGUGGAUUGCACGCAAUUACCAAAGGGUUUACUAUGGAGACGGAAACUAAGAGUCGAUCGACGCAAAAAUAAUUUGCUUUAAUUUUGUUAGCAAAAUAUGGGUGAGACCGAUAGGAAAGAGGCGGCCGUGGAAAAGCAGCAGCUUGAUUCAGAGCCUGAAGCAGUUCAAUUACCAGAAAAGAAGAGGCCGAUUGAUGAAGAAGAAAAAGGUGACGUGAAAAGAGCAAAGAGCCUGAAGAAGAACGAAGAGACGCAGGAAGAGAAAACGCAGGAAGAUGACACAAAAGAUACAGAGACAGAGGAGAAUAGCGCUCCUCGCGAGACAAAUAAAAAUUCUGAUGCGAUAGACGAAAAGACAGAGAAGCUAGAGUCUAAGUUUGUAUUUGGUGCCCGGACAACGUUUGGACAAGCCAGUGGAUUCUCUAUGCUGUCGAAAAAGAACGUGUUCGAGAAACAAGACGAUAAAGAUAAGGACAAGACAGAGGAAAAGAAAGAAGCACCAAAGAGCGUAUUUGGUACCGGGUCAACUUUUGGAAAUGCGUUCCAACAUGCAAUUGGCAAGAAAUCGAUAUUUGACGAGCCACAGGAAAGCUCUGCAGAGCCCGAGGACAAAGAGGUCUCGAAGGAGGUUUACAAAAAGGUCCACCUUGAGAAACAAGAAGUCAAGUCAGGAGAAGAGGAAGAGGAGACCUUGUUCCAGGUUAAAGCCAAAUUAUACCACAUGGAUUUGACCAAGGUUUCUGAUGGGUGGAAGGAAAAAGGGGUUGGCAUCUUGAAAGUGAACAAAUUCAUCAACCCAAUCAAACAUUACCAUGCUCGGCUUGUCAUGCGUCAAGACGGUAUAUUGAAGCUUAUUUUGAACGUGCCAAUUGUGAAGGGAGUGGAGGUUUUCAAAGGAAUGGCCAGCUCGUUGAACAGCGAUAAGUUCAUUCGGGUUCAGGUUGUUGAGGACUCAAAACCGGUGCAGUACGCAUUUAAGAUUGGUAUGGUCGAGAAUUCAUCAAAACUCUACAACGUGAUCGAAAAGCUGGUAAAGGAAGUGAAUUAGCGUUACCUGCGUUUAAAUGCAACAGUACAUAUGGCAGAGCCUUUAACCCCGCCAAACUCGAAUACCGGGUACUCGACAGUCUUCCAAACCUCAAAGUUGCCUGAAGAAGUUACUACCUUGAUCAGCUCGUCUUGGGUAAAAUUGCACGACGUCACCAGCAACACUGCAUUUUUUUUCAGCAAGACUUUCACCGUGUCUGGAUACACUUCCUGUCCUGUUUUGCCGUCAUACAGGUUAUUGCUGAGGGCAAUCGCAUCCAACGUGCCCUUGUCCAAAACCAGGUCGAAAUUUCCCGCAUUGGUCUUGAGAAACUGGUCUUCCAGAUUGAGUAUAUCGCUUUGAUAGAAUUCUACAUUCAAAUCGUUAGUUUCUGCGAUGGUCCUGGCAAACUGGACGCUGGCCUCGCUGUAGUCAACUCCCACGAGUUGUCCCUUCCAGCCCUCUUGAAGGAUCUCGAAAAGGAGAUGUCCAUUUCCCGUGCCAAGAUCGCAGACAGAGACAUUAGGAUCCAGAUUCGAGAACACAAAGUCUACAAUUUUCUCCUCGGCCCCAGAGUCUGCAAACCAGCAUUCACCCGUAUCAUCUGGGUUUUCUGCAAAGUUCUCCUUCUCUAGUUUGUAGAAAUU